GCGGAGAACUGGAUUGCCAAAUCCAUUAACGAUAUAGAAACUGAAGAACGGUUGUAUGAAGAAGCAAAGGGCUAUAUUAUCAAACAGUUCAAUGUCCUCGAGAGCGAAAGUCAGACUGACAAAGUUGAGGGACGUGCAGCAAUU